AUGUCCGACUCGCCGCGAGUCGUCGGCCGUACCGACUCCAUCGACUCGCACGACUCGAGCCCAAAGCAGCCAGACAAGAAGAAGAACCGCCGCCCGGCGAAUACCGCGUUCCGCCAGCAGCGACUCAAAGCAUGGCAGCCCAUCCUCACCCCAAAGACCGUCCUGCCCCUGUUCUUCACCAUCGGAAUCAUCUUUGCGCCCAUAGGCGGCUUGCUCCUCUACGCCAGCGCUCAGGUACAAGAAAUCUCGCUCGACUACACGAGAUGCAGGGCCGACGCUCCCGACUUCAGGGACAGGUUCGACAGGAUGCCUGGCGACAGGGCCCAGACCGCCUUCAAGAGCUCUAACAAAAGCAUUGAACCCCAGUGGGCCGUCGAAAAGGGCUUCAACGUCACCCUCGGCUCGGGCGUCAGCGUUACCACGGACCGCUGCUACUUGCGCUUCAACAUACCCGAAAGCAUGGGGCCGCCCGUGCUCUUCUACUACAGCCUCACCAACUUUUACCAGAACCACCGCCGAUACGUCGAGUCGUCUGACCAGCAGCAGCUCAAGGGCGAGGCCCGGUCCUACGACGACAUCCGGGGAUCUAAGUGCACCCCGCUCUUCGGCGAAGACAGCGACGGCACCAAGAAACCCUACUACCCCUGUGGCCUCAUCGCAAACUCCAUGUUCAACGACUCCUUCACCAGCCCGGUGCUGCUCAACCCUCCCAGUGCAAGGGAUAACCUGACACGCCCCUACAACAUGAGCAUCUCUGGCAUUGCCUGGGACAGUGACAAGGCUCUCUACGGCCCGACAAAGUACGCCUUCUCGGAUGUCCUCCCGCCGCCCAACUGGCGCGUGCGAUACCCCGACAACUACACGGAGAGCAACCCGCCGCCCAACCUUCAGGAAUGGGAGGCCUUCCAAGUCUGGAUGCGCACUGCCGGUCUGCCCACCUUCAGCAAGCUUUACCAGCGCAAUGACAAUGAGGCCAUGGUGGAUGGGCGCUAUCAAAUCGUCAUCGAUGACCAUUUCCCCACGCUUGAGUACAGAGGCACCAAGUCGAUCCUCAUCACUACUCGCACCGUCAUGGGAGGCCGCAACCCGUUCCUGGGCAUUGCCUACAUUGCAGUCGGCGGCGUCUGCAUCCUUUUGGGCGCCAUCUUCACCGUGACCCAUCUUGUCAAGCCAAGAAAGCUCGGCGACCACACCUAUCUUUCCUGGAACAACGCCCCCGCCUCCAAGCCAUCUGGUCCCAGCACCGCCAUGGCCUCUGGCCGUGACGUCCGUCCCGCCGAGGCUUAG